GUUGGUGUGAGAGGGCGAGCCCGGUGACGUCAGAGGCACUCAGCAGCAGACAGUGGGAUUGUGAAUACAAAGCUGGAGCCUUCGUUCCCUGCUCAGAAGAAUCAGGAAAUCAGUUCAAGAGAGAAGAUUCCUCUUGGCAAAACGAUCUACUUUUCCAUUCGAGUGAACUGUCACUCUCACCAGAAGGGCUUUAGUUUGUAAACUCUCCAAGCUGAGAGAGUUUGGAUAUGAGUUUGCAAGUGGUCAGAACUUAAAAGUGAUUUUGGCCAGGAGGACUGGAAAGAAGUCAUCAAAUUCUCUUGGCAGUCCCAGAAGGAAAAACUGGAUGGCCAGGUUUUCAAUCAUACUUGUAUGCGAAGCAAUGUAAAAUCCUGAAUGGUGGAGAUCUCUUGGUGUUUAGAUAAUGGGCUGUGUGCAAUGCAAGGACAAAGAGACAGCAAAAGCAGCAGUGGAUGACAGGGCUGGUUCCAUCCCUCAGAACCCAGGCUACCGUUAUGGGCCCGACCCUUCCCCCCAGCAUUAUCCCAACUUUGGCGUCACGGGGAUUCCGAAUUACAACAGCUUCCAUGGGACAGGUGGACAAACACUGACUGUCUUUGGCGGAGUUCAUUCCUCCUCUCACACAGGAACGCUGCGUACCCGAGGCGGAGGAAGCUUAACUGUUGGAGUAACCCUGUUUGUGGCCCUGUAUGACUACGAAGCCAGAACUGAUGACGACCUCAGCUUUCGGAAGGGAGAAAAGUUUCAAAUUCUUAAUAACACAGAGGGAGAUUGGUGGGAAGCCCGAUCCUUACAGUCUGGAGGUACGGGAUACAUUCCCAGCAAUUACGUGGCUCCAGUUGACUCCAUCCAGGCAGAGGAGUGGUACUUUGGUAAACUUGGCCGCAAAGAGGCUGAGAGACAACUUCUGUCUGUCUGCAAUCCGAGAGGAACCUUCCUCAUUCGAGAAAGUGAAACCACCAAAGGUGCCUUUUCUUUGUCAAUACGGGACUGGGAUGACAUAAAAGGAGACCAUGUUAAACACUAUAAGAUCCGCAAACUGGAUAAUGGUGGGUAUUAUAUAACAACCCGUGCCCAGUUUGAAACACUGCAGCAGCUGGUUCAACAUUACGCAGAACGAGCUGCUGGUCUCUGCUGUCGCUUGGUGGUCCCUUGCCAUAAGGGUAUGCCGAGGCUUGCUGACCUCUCUGUGAAAACCAAAGACGUGUGGGAAAUUCCCCGAGAAUCUCUGCAGUUAAUCAAGAGGCUGGGAAAUGGGCAGUUUGGGGAAGUCUGGAUGGGUACCUGGAAUGGAACCACAAAAGUUGCAGUGAAGACUCUGAAACCAGGCACCAUGUCUCCCGAGUCCUUCCUUGAGGAAGCACAGAUCAUGAAGAAGUUGAGACAUGACAAACUGGUUCAGCUUUACGCUGUGGUCUCUGAAGAGCCUAUCUACAUCGUCACUGAGUACAUGAGUAAAGGAAGCCUGUUAGAUUUCCUAAAAGAUGGAGAAGGAAGGAUAUUGAAGUUGCCCAACCUCGUGGAUAUGGCAGCACAGGUUGCAGCAGGGAUGGCCUACAUUGAGAGGAUGAACUACAUCCACAGGGACCUACGAUCAGCCAAUAUUCUGGUUGGAGAUAAUCUGGUGUGCAAGAUUGCUGACUUUGGAUUAGCAAGGUUAAUUGAGGACAAUGAGUACACAGCACGUCAAGGUGCAAAAUUUCCCAUCAAAUGGACUGCACCCGAAGCUGCUCUGUACGGGAGGUUCACAAUCAAGUCUGAUGUCUGGUCCUUUGGCAUUCUGCUGACAGAGCUGGUGACAAAGGGGAGAGUGCCAUAUCCUGGUAUGAAUAAUCGUGAGGUGCUGGAGCAGGUAGAACGUGGUUACAGAAUGGCAUCUCCACAGGAUUGCCCCAGCUCUCUGCACGAGCUCAUGAUCCAGUGUUGGAAGAAAGACCCAGAGGAGAGGCCUACUUUUGAGUAUCUACAGGCCUUCCUCGAGGACUACUUCACUGCGACAGAGCCUCAAUAUCAGCCAGGAGACAACCUGUGAUUGGCUGUACUAUUGAAAACUGCUCACCAAUGGGUGCUCCUCUCCUCUCCCCGUUUGUCCUGCUGGGGUGAUCGCCAGAGUCUGAAUCACCGUCCCGCUGGACUGGUAACUUCUAAUAUCAUGCUCCUACUCCCUUGCCAUGGAAUACAGGCAUCUUCCCUCCAGCCACGUGGCUUCUCUUUUUGAAAAUGUCAGAAUGUUCAUAUUGUAUAAUAGUCAUUGUUGAACUGAUGGAGAACCAUCUCUAAAAUGCUACUUAAUGCUGAGAAAUAUUUGUCUUCCCCACGCUCCCCACUGCCUGCCUGUCAGUUCAAUGCUAAUGAAACUUGAGGGGUUGCAAGCAGCCAGUUAUUGCCCCUGUGCCAUGUCAAAAAGCCAGUGGCAUUGAGUGAAUGUCUCCUUCCUUUUGCUGCCAGACCACUGGAUUCUUGCUGAAGAGGCUUCUCAUUGUUGCAUUAGUCUCCACAGACAUCCAAGGCUUUUCAGUCAAUGCUGUUGCAACUCAGCAGAGGAAAGGAAGGCUAUUUGCAAUGAAAACCUUCACGUAUAAAACUUGUACUCACAUUGACAUUUCUUCUCUUUGUCUCCCCAUUCCCCCUCGACCCCAGAUAUUUGCAUAAUGCUAUGGUUGUGAACCACUCAGUGACAUAGGAUGCUGCCAAAAGCAUUUGGCGUCUUGUUUGCACAUUGCUGCACUGUCCUGAUCACAAAUUAUUCUGAUUUGUUUUUAUUACUACUCCAUUUAAGUUUAUAGACUUGUAAGAAUUCUUUUUAAACAAAAACCUAGUGAUGUAAUAUUAUGUCAUCUGAAAAGGAUAUAUUUAAAGAAAUUGUGCUAAAGAUCUAAUUACUUAUCAUUUACCCCGAGGAUGAGAGUGAUGUGAAUGAGACUGUAGCUAGUUGGCACCAAGUGAUCACAACAGACCCGAUGCUGACUAUAUUCUGUGUACUGCUGAGUAUACUCACCAGGUCAAUGCUGAGAGCUCGUGAGCUGUGGAAGUUUUGCCGUGCAGAUGACAUCUCGUGGGAGCGUUGUCCGAACACCUCUUGCAGUUCGUAAUCGUACUGAGCAAUUUAAACUGAGACUGACCCUGUCCUUGAGAAGUAUGCAGGGUAUCCCGAAGGGGUUAGCAUGACAAAUGCAGUCAUUUAACGGACAAAAGGAAAGAGCUCCAACCAUUCCAGAGUGUCUUUUACAUCUAACUUCACUUGCUGAUUUUUUUUAAUGCUUUUGUAUGUGUAACUUUGACCUAUGUGCAGUAACCACUUGUAUUUCCAGAUUGCUUCCUGUUCAGCCAAUUACAUCCUAAAGGAUUAUUUUAAUAGAAUUACUAUGCACUCAAUAACUUUGAUAGCAGAUGCACAAAUGUAGUAAUAUGGUUUCAGAUGUUACUACAUUCCUUUAAUUGCCCAUGUGAUCCAAACUUUGGAAUCUUGGUAUUUGUACAUUUUAACCAAAUGAUGCCUCUGCAUUGUUUUUAUUUUCUCCCUCCCUUCCAACUCACAUGAAGAAUAUAACAUUUCGACUGACAUCAAAUAUACAUUUUACCGUUUCUGUACCAGUUGACAUAUUUUACAUAGCUAUUCAAUUUUCCUAAUCCAUUUCUUGUCAUUUUAAAACCUGUACAAUAAAGAUCUUAGCCAGGUC